CAGACUGACAACUCAUGGGGCCCCCAGGCAAUAGGGGAUCAUGGGGCCCCUGUGUCCUUGCCCAAACUCAAAAAAGCCUAUGAAAAAGGUACCAGGGGCAUCUCAUGGGGCCCCCUACUGACCCCGGGCCCUUGGGCAGUGCCCGAGUUUCCAAAUGGUCAGUCCGCCCCUGGGCGGAGGUUCACCUUCCAGCAUGACAAGGACCCUAAACAUCCAUCCAGAGCUAUAAUGGAAUAAUUUACAUCAAAGCAUAUUCAUGUGUUAUGCAGGCCAUACAUGGGUCGAAUUCU